UCUGCAACUUCCGCACUAAUAGGUGCGUGGUCGGUUCACGCGGGGCACACCACCUGACUUCCCCGCGACUCUCGACUGGCCAUUGCUCCAAUCCUUGUGUUUGCAAGCGUGGGCGCUCAGAGUAGACCAAUGCGCAGAGCUGCAGAGGCACUUUGCAAAGACAGAGAUAAAGGCCAGAUCCAUUCAAGUCUGAGCAGCGUGGGGGAGGGCCCCACGCCUUGGCAGCGCUGCACGCAGGGUCACGUGUCUUUCCGCCCUUCACAACACUGUGCGCACACUUUUUGGAGAGGACGGGUAGCCGACUUCCCUCCGCAUCUGCAGCUAACAGUCACUGUGCAGCUCAUGCGCUGCUCUCACGGGGCCUCACAACUAAUGCAAGCACUGAUGAGGUUUGGCCUUGGCGCUCUCAUGAGUCCCAUGUCCACCACCGUAUCCACCUCAAAUACAUGUAGCUGUGCUGUUCUCUCAGCUCGGUGGGCGACGCCAGAGUAUCACCACCGAGGACAAAGGUUGAUCCCAACAAUUUCUUGUUGUCGCCUUCCAGUCCGCGGUUGGCUUUAUCUCGCCCACCCUCCUUCCAGUCUCACCGCCACUGGCCAAAGCCACUAGUGUCUGGACUCUGGUGGGCCGACCCGCUGGUCCGCCUUGCCAUAGUGGCCCUCGCAUAGGUAGGUCUUCCCUUACUCUCUUUCAAGAGAGACACGAGCGCCUGCAUUGUGCUCGCAUAUGAGAGCCGACAAGCUGCAGUGGAAGAAGAGGUUGCACGACGUCCGUUCGCCACGUCAAUUGCACUCCUCACAAAAUCAUCCAGUGUGCAACGCAACUCGCUCGCUUGACGAACUGUCAUUAUUCAGCGUCGCGUUUGCCCUGCUU